CUGUCAUUUAUAGGAUCAUGGCCAGACGAGCAAAGUUUCUGUUUACAUAUUCAUGUCUGCCCUAAGGUUCAGGGUGCCCUCCAGGACAGAUGUGGCAUUGACAAUAUAGACAUGGAACUUUCAUGGAUAGGGACGUUGAUCCUCCUCUUCUUUGUGACAAUUCUGGUAACAGUCUGGACGAGGAGGAACAGACAAUCCACAUUGCCACCCGGUCCAACUCCGCUGCCUCUUCUGGGAAACAUCCUGCAGAUCAAUUUCAAGGAUCUAGUCCAUGCCUUUGUGCAGCUUGGCUCUCGGUAUGGCCCGGUGUCCAUGGUUCAUCUGGGACGGAAGAAGGUGUUGGUGUUAAACGGUUAUGAUGUGGUGAGAGAAGCCUUCGUUGACAAAGGAGAGGCAUUCAAUGAUCGAGCUGAAUUAGCCAUGGCAGAUAUAGCUUUCAAGGGAUAUGGAGUUCUCUUUAGCAAUGGUGAGCGCUGGAAACAGAUGAGACGAUUUACCUUGAGCACCCUGAGGAAUUUUGGGAUGGGUAAAAGAAGCCUGGAGGAGCGGGUACAAGAGGAGGCCAAGUGUUUAGCAGAAGAGUUCCAGAAGAAAGGAGGGGCCCCAUUUGAUCCCACAUACCUCUUGAGCCUGGCUGUCUCCAACAUCGUCUGCUCUAUUGUUUUUAAUGAGCGUUUUGACUAUGAAGAUGAGGAGUUCCUGUCCAUGCUGGCCCUCAUAAAAGAGACAUUUAGAAUUGUAACUUCACCAUGGGCUCAGAUAUUUGCACUGGCGCCUCGUCUCUUCAUGUACUUCCCUGGUACCCACCACACAGUGUUCAGGAAUUUUGACAAGAUGACUGAAUUUGUGAUGAAGAAGAUCAGAAUGCAUGAGGCUACUCUGGAUGAGAACUGUCCCAGAGAUUACAUUGAUUGCUUCCUAAUAAAGAUGAGAGAGGAAAAGGACAACCUCAAUACAGAAUUUAACUUUAAAAAUUUGAUUGUCAAUGCCAUAAAUCUGUUUUUUGCUGGGGCGGAGACCUCAGGCACCACCCUGAGAUAUUCCUUACUCAUUCUGCUGAAAUACCCGGAUGUGAGAAAGAAGAUCCAAGAGGAAAUUGAUUGUGUGAUUGGCCAGAGUCGAUGUCCUUCAGUGGAGGAUAAAAUUAACAUGCCGUACACAGAUGCAGUGAUACAUGAGGUACAGAGAUUUGCUGAUAUCGUGCCCUUGGGGCUCCCACAUGCCACCAGCCAGGACACAAACCUCAGAGGCUACCACAUCCCAAAGGGUACUACUGUGUUUCCUAUGUUAACUACCGUCCUAAAAGAUAAGAAAUACUUCAGGAAUCCACAAAUGUUUGAUCCACAACAUUUUCUAGAUGAUGAGGGAAAGCUGAAGAAGAUUGAUGCCUUCAUCCCAUUCUCUGUAGGUAAGAGAAUCUGCCUUGGAGAGAGUCUUGCCAGGAUGGAGAUUUUCCUAUUUCUUACAUACAUUUUACAAAUGUUUGAUCUGCAAUGCAAUAUGAACACUGAAGAGAUUGACAUCUCUCCUGUGCCCAACAGUGGAAGCUUUAUUCCAAGACCUUACAUGAUCUCCAUGAGCCAACGCUAAGCUGCAAACCCAUACCUUCAACUUAAGAAGAUGUUCUCUUGGUAAUGAUCUCUGAUAUGCAGAGGACUGUUACCAA